AUGUUGAGUGUACUAUUCUUCAUAACCGUCGCCAUUUUGGUGGCAUAUAAAUUUUAUUCUAAGAAAACCGUUACUUAUGAAAAAGUAAAUAAAUACGGAGAAAAUAAAGUUAUGGUUUUGAAAGAAGCGCCGGGGCCUACGCCAUUACCGAUUAUCGGUAAUUUACAUCUGUUGGGCAAGCAUGAAUCCCCAUUUCAAUCUUUCACCGAUCUUGCGAAGGACUAUGGGGAUAUCUUUAGCUUGAAACUGGGAACAGCGAAAUGUUUAGUAGUCAAUAACUUGGAGUUAAUACGCGAAGUUCUGAAUCAAAAUGGAAAAUUUUUCGGCGGUCGACCCGACUUCCUACGCUUCCAUCAACUCUUUGCCGGAGACAGGAAUAACUCACUAGCCCUUUGCGACUGGUCGAAUCUGCAGCUCCGCAGAAGAAACCUAGCUCGUCGCCACUGCGGUCCGAAGCAACACACUGACAACUACGCCCGCAUCGGUGACGUCGCCACCUUUGAGUCCGUCGAACUGAUCCAAACCCUCAAAGGUAUUACUAGAAACUCCGACGAAGCUAUCAACCUAAAACCGAUCUUAAUGACAACAGCAAUGAACAUGUUUUCCCACUACAUGUGCAACGUUAGAUUUGACGCUGAAACUGAUAAAGAAUUUAGAAAAGUCGUCGACCAUUUCGACGAAAUCUUCUGGGAGAUCAACCAGGGAUACGCCUUGGACUUCCUGCCCUGGCUCAAGCCGUUCUACAAGAAGCACUUGGACAAACUCUCAAACUGGUCUUCCGACAUCCGUUCCUUCAUUCUAUCAAGGAUUGUUGAACAGAGGGAGAUGAACUUGGACAUCGAAGGACCUGAGAAGGACUUUUUGGACGGUCUCCUCAAAGUUUUGCACGAAGACCCAACAGUAGACAGGAACACCAUCAUAUUCAUGCUUGAAGACUUCCUUGGCGGUCACUCUUCUGUCGGUAACCUUGUUAUGUUAUGCCUCACAGCUGUAGCCAGAGACCCUGAAGUAGGCAGGAAGAUCAGAGCAGAAUUAGACGCUUUGACUAAAGGUAAAAGACCUGUUACUCUCCUAGACCGACACAGCAUACCAUACACAGAAGCUACAGUUCUAGAAUGCCUAAGAUACGCUUCAUCACCAAUCGUACCUCAUGUAGCUACAGAAAACGCAACCGUUGCUGGUUACGGAGUCGAAAAAGGAACAAUAGUCUUCAUUAACAACUACGAACUGAAUACGUCAGAAGAAUACUGGGAAAGGCCAGAGGAAUUUGAUCCUUCAAGAUUCUUAGAGAAGACCAAAGUUAGAGUGCGCAGGAAUUCUUUAUGCGAUUCUGGUAUGGAGUCGGACGGCGAGACUUCGAAGCAAACUGAAGCUAACGUGGAGAAAGAAGUAUGGUCUGUGAAGAGGAACAUCCCUCAUUUUUUGCCAUUCAGUAUUGGAAAGAGAACUUGCAUUGGACAGACUCUAGUUACAACAAUGAGUUUUGUUAUGUUCGCGAACAUUAUGCAGGAAUUUGAAGUCGGGGCUGAGAGUCUUGAAGAUUUGCGCCAAAAGCCAGCUUGUGUAGCGCUACCUAAAGAUACGUACAAUUUGUAUUUGAUACCACGUAAAUAUUGA